CGUGUAUCCAUCUGCAUAAGACCAUUAUGUACGGCUAGGGGAACAAAAGAGCCCUGGUUGUUCUCGAGUUGAUAUUUUCUCGAGGGACUAGGGGUAAAGAGCCCCAAUAGAGAAGGCAAGACCCCUAAAUAUUCCUCAGAAAGAGAAGAGAAUGAGGCUGCUCUCGCUAGCGUUCCCUGCCCUCGCGGGCGCUGCUUCAAUCAAAGGAAAUGCCAUUUCGGGGAUCAUAAAGACGCUCAAGCAGCUGCUGAAGAAUAGCGAGACGGAUAGUACAACCCUAAUGUCAGUUAUGACGUUGACGUAUGAGGAAACAUAUAGAAGCAAUUAUCGUUAUGCAUUUUCUGGUAUAUUUUUUUCUUCAUCAGCAUCCCCUUCCUCAGCCUCAUGAAGCAGUAUUUUUGAUGGUGUUGUAGAUACCUCUGAACUUACCCCUUUUGCUAUUACUUCUAGGCAAAGACAAGGCAGAGCUUUACGAUAAGACUGCAUGCGAUUGCCGAGAUGAUAUGCGGUCUUACACGAAUCAGUUCGAGGUCGCGCAGAAGGAAAUAGACAGGCUGACAGCCGUAGAAGAAGAGUUGCUUGGCACAAAGUCCGCACUCGAGAAGAGGAUCGCGAAAUACAAGACCUCAAAAACCGACCUCGAGGAAAGCAUAAAGAAAGUUAUGAUGAGAAAUGGUGUUUGAACUACUUCAUCUGCGUUUGAUGUGCUUGUGAUUUUCCCGCUGCUGCUCUUUGGAGAACCACUGCGUAGCUUUUGAAAAACUUUGCGACGUGUGCGAGGGCCAGUGCAGGUUUUCGACGUCAGCUACAUACUAUCCAGGCAACCGGAAGUGCAAGUAGCAUCAGCAAACAUGAAACGAGCAUUGUUGUACCAGUGAUCUUUACACACCGUCUCCUACCUCUCUAACUAAGAAUAUUCCGAGAUGAUGAGCAAGACCGAAGGAAAAGCAGUGAACUUCAUUGAAGAGACGACUGCUGAUCAAGACGAGGCAUUGGAGGAAUUGAAGAGCAUUAAUCAGCCAUACAUGAAGGACGAAAUCAAGCUGCAUUCCGCCGAACUCGACACAACAAAUUAUGACGAUAAUUUGGCUCAGCCCUCAGGGGUACUAGAUUAGUGCUUGUCCGACCCAGUAGUCGGCAAGUGACUUCUGGUGGGUUACAACUCGUACCUGUUUCACUGCAGGCUAUCGACUUUCAGACUAAGUAGUAAAGGCUUUUGAGAUUUUCCUGUGUAUCAUCUAAUGUACGGCAAAGUGCCAAGAACGCAUUGCGAAGUGCGACGCGAUGAUUGGAGCUUGCGAUAAGGUCGUCACUAUAAUGGGCGAGUCGAGCAGCAAAGCGAUCAUCUCCAUGGUGGAGAAGCUUCGCAAGCACUCUUUUUUAUGGCACCAAGUCUCAGUUGCAUUCCAAUAAGUUAUCCGUCAAAUAUCGCUUCAUUCAAGCUUACUUUCAUUUUCACCACGGCAAAUUUUAUAAAUAUGUAUUUGUAUUGGUAUUGCACGUUUAUUUUAAUUUUUCUCCUAUCACUAUCUAAUACCUGACCGCAAGACCGAGAUGCUAGAGGGCAAGGACGAGUGCCAGGCCAAAAUCCACGACUUGGAAGAGAAGAUUUCCUCAAACCAAGGCUUUCUGGAGCUGUCAAUCACGGCAUCCGAAAAGCUGGAAGCUGAGCUAAGUGAGACCACAGCUAAACUGGGCAAGACGCGUGAGCUCUUGGGCGAUGAAAAGGAGAUCCGCUCGACAGCCAAGAAGGGUGUUGCUGAGACCACGACAUCGUGCGAGAAAGCGGCAAAACAAUAUGUUAUGAUAGGCGGGCAGUGUGUACUGGUAUUCUUCUCGAAAAGUAGCAAAGGUAACUAAACAAGGAGCAAAAGCGUCAUGCGAAUUUGAAUUCGAAGAACUGAUCGUAAAUUACACUCUAUAUGAGUAUGAGACAGCGUGACCGCAGAGACGUAAUAAUAUCAUCAGCCUGGACUUCUUUUUCGAGCUCUAAAACCAACGAGGACGCAAAACUGCUGACGGCCGAAAUCGCUGGCCUUACCGGAGCUAUUGCUGCUUUGCAGAAGAUGCCGGCGCCAGCUGGUGAGAGUUCGUUCUUGCAGCGAGGAACCAGCGAAAAGGAGUUGCACCAGAGAGUCGAGCGCACACUAGCGCAACUCGCAUCCUCAGCCGCCGUGUUGCACAGUAGCCGACUUUCUUCCAUCGCCCUACAGCUGAACGUGCGCGCAUCUAAACCAGACUACUUCAUCUCGAUCCGCAACUUGAUUGAGACCAUGGUUACGCGUUUAGAGGAUGAGCAGGAUGCCGAGACCAGCAAGAGUGACUGGUGCGCACAAACUCUGCAGGAAAUGAAGGGAAACAAGGACACCGCAGAUACGGAUCAUCAAGCUGCGGUAACGCUGGUGAAAGACACGCAAGCUGAGCUUGUGAGGUUGAAUUUAUGGCUUUUGGAGUAUCACAAACAGCUUUUUUUGGAUCGAUGAUAGGAACUAAUAGAUCUAAAUUUUCUAAAACGUACUAGACAUAGACUUCAAAUACAGGAGUCUUUUGAGCCAUAGAAUCGUUUCAGUAGAUUUUCCGCUUUCAUUUUCCGAGGAGCUUAGAUCCGAGCAGAAAACACUGGCCGACUUGAAGGCGGACUUGUCGGAGCUGGAAAAACUCAUGGCCGAAAAAGAUGCUUACUACAAGGCUCUCCUUGAGGAGAAGGUUGCAGGCGAGGCUGCUCUCCAAGAGGCUAUUGGAUUUUUGCAAGAAAUCUACGGUGAGACUGGUGGAUCUGGCGACUUCAACUCCCAGCGCACCACCAGUGGCGGCAGUGUCAUCAAGCUGUUGCAGAAUUUGGAGGCCGACUACGGAUGGGCAGCAGAUCAGGCGAAGAUGGAGGUAUUUUAGAUUUUUAGGAAAUUUAGAAUCUGUAUUUUCGAGUUUAGUGAGCAACCUGAUGUAGGAAAAGUGCUGUAUACUUCCUUUUCUCUUUUGUUUUUUAUGCACAUAAUAAUCUUCAUUCUUUCAACUACACGAAUCUCCAUUCUUUCAGACCGGCUGCAUUGCCGCGAGUAGUUUCGCUGACCGCAAGGGUGAGACCAUCGGUUGCGAUGGUGUCAUCGUCAACGAGGAGUCUGCCCAAUACGAGUCCGAGCAGUACAAGAACCAGGAGCGCAAGAUCACUCUCGAAACCGACAUUGGAGUGUCCGCGAAGGAAAUCCAGAAGCUAGAGAUCGGAAUUGAUACCGAAACUGUCAACCUCGAGAAGUUUCAGAAGGAGAUGGAGACCAAAAACGGAGCCCUGGAGACGGCCAAGGAGAUCCUGAAGGCUCGUCAAGAGGCGUGUGUCAAUGCCGGAGACCAGUUCGAGGCAAGAAAAAAACGCCGUGAAGAGGAAAUUGCAGCUCUGAAGGACGCUUUGGGCGUUUUGGAGACGCACUCAAAGGACAGUGAGGAGAAUGACAUGGGCGCACUCGGAUUCCUGCAGAGAGGCAUCUCCGCUUGAGGACAGGAAGGUAAAAUUUAGAUUUUUGAAAAGGCUGAAUCACGUUAAAGAGCUUUGUCGAAAGAAGACCUUGGAACUAUUUCCAUUUACCUUCUUUAUCCUGAAAAAAUCGUGAUCUAAACACUGCUUCAAGGUUUUUAGAUUGCGGAGGCGGAGCUGGUCCGAGCGACACUUCUUCAAACCAGCGUAUUCGUUAUCACUCGCACGAAAUACAGGUGAAAGGUUGCGGUAACGCUCCGGACAUCUGGGGGAUGUGGACAGAAGUGAAAGUCUCCAAGUCAAAGUCUACAUAGAAGAGAUACAUUUUCUGCACAGAUGAAAUGAUGAGUUCAUGCGAUUGAGUUUAGUUUUAGUAGGAUUACCAACGUUGAAAUGUGACGUAAUGUACUUUGACCUGUGAUCUCGUUGACGUGCCGUAUUAUUUUUUGUUGACAUUGACCCACAUCAUUCGUAGCGUUUGUUUAGAUUUACAUUUAGAUUUUGUUGACAUUCAAUAACCAUUUAGUUUUCAUUAGACUUCACAUGCACGAGAUGCACCAGCACCUCACCUUUACUUUCAAGUACGUUUCAAAAGCAACUAUCGUAUGAUUUUUUGUUGACAUUGACCACUUGUUUUGUUCUCUGACGAUCUGUUUUCCAAUGACAUCAUAUGUCGAACGAACCUGGAUUCUUGGCUUUUGAAGAGAUUAUCAUGUUUACACGACCGAACGAGAUGCAGACAUUCAGAAACUCAUGCAUGAGCUGACACAGGCAUCCAUGGGGACCGCGCAGAGUAACGUGGUGACUACUGCAGCUUUUGCCCAACCGCAGGGAAAUGCAGCGAUGGGACCUCUGUACCGACUCCGUGGCGGAAUGCUACGUGAAAGCGAAAAGGUUUACAAGAACAUAUUCAAUAGGGCUACUUUUUACAUUUGUCAAAAUAAGCAAAAAAUCUAAAUUACAACGACGACGACAUCACAUC